UACAACAUGGAUCACCAAACACCUCGAUCCAUCCCUCUACCCUUCAAGAAACAAGAAAGAUAACACCAACAAACUAGCUAGCUCGCCAAUGGCCUCGUUGUCCUCCUUCCGGCUCUCUGUGGCAGUGGCGGCAUUGUUGGUCGUCGGCUCGUGCGCCACUGAGGUCACCUUCAAGGUCGGUGAGGGUUCUAGCGGAAAAAGUCUAGAGCUCGUCACCAACGUCGCCAUCUCUGAGGUGGAGAUCAAGGAGAAGGGCGGCAAGGACUGGGUGGCACUCAAGGAGUCAUCGACUAACACCUGGUCGCUCAAGAGUGAGGCGGCGCUCAAGGGCCCCUUCUCCGUUCGCUUCCUUGUCAAGAACGGCGGCUACCGUGUCGUCGACGACGUCAUCCCCGAAAGCUUUACGGCCGGCUCUGAAUACAAGAGUGGUAUCAACGUCUAAUUAAUAGACAUGAGUAUUCUUGCAUUGGGUUGCAUGAUAAUUAUUAACCUCUAAAUAAUUUUGUCUUGAAAGAGAUCAUGCUAUGCGUGAGCAAGCAAACAAUUAAUUUCUUGUGGUUAUUUUGUUGUAAUAAGCCAGUGGCAAAAUAAGGCAUACAUGUGUCCUUCCAAAACAUUGUUGUGGAGCUAUAUGUGAACACGAUUUCAAAUAUAUGCUGUUUAUAGUGGAUGUAUGGAAAAAUGUUAUAUUUGGUUAGCUUUCAUUAAGACGAUUGUGUGUAUUUGAUUUCUCAAAAUUUUAGUACAUAUAUAUGUCCAAAUCAAUGUA